GCCAAACCCCUGCGCGCCCGAAAGGCGCCGCUGGUGCGAUCCUGCCUGGGCGCCCCCUUGGUCGGUGCCGGCUGCCGGCCCCCGCCGCAGCUUUCCUCUCCCCUUCGCGUCCGGAGCUUCCCCGCCGGUGCCUCUCCCUGCCACUGGCCACGGCGGAGCGCCCGCAGCCGGGCCCCGCUCCUGCCGGCCGGGGGCGCACACACCGCUGUCCGGGCGCUGGAAGGGGAAGAUCCCGGAGCCGGGGCCCCGCGCAGGGCAGCUGGGGGGCGGCCGGAGCCUCCCCCGCGGCGCCGCAGCGAUGCGCCUGGCGGCGGUGGCUGCGCUGGGUCUGUGGCUGGGCUGGCUGCGCCGGGCGCCGGGCGAGACCUUCAGCUCCAUGCUGAGCGUCCGGCAGGCGCUGGCCACCGAGCGGAGGCUGCUGCGGCACCUGGGGGCCUACCUGGAGGCGGAGACCCACCGGCUGAAGGACCUGCAGAGGUUUUACAACAAGGUGCAGGAUUUGCACCAAGGAGCCGGGGGCUCUGCGGCAAACCCGUUACUCGCCUACACGCUGAUCAAGAGGCUGCAGUCUGAUUGGCUGAAUGUGGUGCACAGCCUGGAGGCCAGCGAGAACACCCAAGCGCUCAAGAAUGGCUACACGCAGGUGGAGAAGGACCUGCCCGAGUUCGAGGACUUAGAGGGAGCAGCGCGGGCGUUGAUGAGGCUGCAGGAUGUCUAUGCUCUGAGUGUGAAGGGGCUGGUGAAAGGUGUGUUCCAGAGAGCCAGCGGCACCCACCUCCCUGACAUCUACAGUCCCGGGCAGCUCUUCCCGCUCUCCGCUGAUGACUGCUUCCUCGUCGGCAAGGUGGCGUACGACAUGGAGGAUUACUACCACUCCAUUGCGUGGCUGGAGGAAGCCGUCAGCCUCUUCCGCGUCUCCUACGGGGAGUGGAACACAGAGGACGAGGGCAGCCUCGAGGACGCGCUGGACCAUCUGGCUUUUUCCUAUUUCAAGGCGAGAAAUGUUUCUCAUGCCUUAAGCCUCUCCAGAGAGUUUCUUCACUACGAUCCCAGCAACAAAAGAAUCGCUAGGAACGUCCUUAAGUAUGAAAGGUUCUUGGUGGAAAGUCCAGAGCGCGCCACGGCCGAGGUGGGCCUGCAGAGGCCGAAUGUGACUCACCUGCAGACUAGAGACCUCUAUGAAGAGCUGUGCCAGACUCUGGGGUCACAGCCAACCCAGUAUCAGAUCCCAGCCCUCCAUUGCUCAUACGAGACGAACGACAGCCCCUACCUGAUCCUCCAACCGGUGAAAAGAGAGCUGCUCCGGCUGCAGCCGUACGUAGCCCUGUACCACGACUUCGUUAGCGACCUGGAGGCGGAGAAGAUCAAGGGGCUUGCAGCUCCCUGGCUGCAGAGAUCAGUGGUUGCCUCAGAAGAGAAGCAGCAGAAAGCCGAGUACCGGAUAAGUAAGAGAACAGAUUCCACCUGGGGAUCCUUCUGCCAGCUGUUCUGGGCGACCCCUCUGAGCUUGUCUGCUGUGCAUUCUAGCGCCUGGCUGAAGGACACGGUCGACCCUGUGAUCGUGUCACUCGAUCAGAGGAUUGCAGCCCUGACUGGCUUGAACAUUCGGCCACCGUAUGCGGAGUACCUACAGGUGGUGAAUUAUGGCAUAGGUGGACACUAUGAGCCUCAUUUUGACCAUGCCACAUCAAGAAAGAGCCCCCUUUACAGAAUGAAGUCGGGUAACAGACUGGCCACAGUCAUGAUCUAUCUGAGCUCAGUAGAAGCCGGAGGAUCCACUGCCUUUAUCUAUGCAAACCUCAGUGUGCCUGUGGUCAAGAAUGCAGCUCUGUUCUGGUGGAACCUUCACAGGAACGGAGCUGGGAACGGGGACACCCUCCACGCCGGCUGCCCAGUCCUCGCAGGAGACAAGUGGGUGGCAAACAAAUGGAUCCACGAACACGGGCAGGAGUUCCGAAGGCAGUGCGGCCCUGACCCCAACGACUAAGGGCCGGAGCAGAGCGUGACCACUCCACCCAAUCCAAAGGCAUGGAAAGAGCUGCAGGAUGGAAACUCACCACCAUCAGAGCCAGAAGCAGGGACCACCUGGAAACGCCAGCUGGUUGGCUGCAAGGGAAUAUGGCCUGCUGCCAAGGCACGUCUCAGCAAGGCUUCCUCUGCUGCAUAUUGAGUCUAAGGAUCCAGGAGGGGCUGGGAGGGGGGAAUGGAACAAAAGUCACAGUGGGAGGGGAGCAGGGCACUUGUAAGGAGAGAAAGAGGCAGCUGGAUGCGCCGGGGCUGGCUCAGCUAGGGAACAAGAACAGCAGAAAGGGCGUGAUGCCGUUCCUAGGAAGUUCCCAUGGGCCAAGGGGGAGGAACUAGUCCGAGGGCCAGAGUCUGAUUUCAGUUACACUGACCAUGUUAAGUCUGGACUUAUUCACUGACUUCAACCCUAGGUUGGCACCAGUGUCAUUUAGAGCAGAGUUUGGUCUAUCGGGGAAAAUAAAGCAAAGGGAGACUGAAUAGCCAGAGCAACCCCCUAACGGGGUGACUCUGGCCUGCACAGUAUGCUGGAGGAAUCAGUGUUGCAUUGGGCGAGGGUAAGGCAGCAAUACUCAAUUAGAUCUGGAGAAUUUUAUGACCCAAGGCGGGCCAUUUGCGCAGAAGGCUGACAAAAUUAAAAACAAAGAAUAAUUUCAGCUGCCAACAAAUAAAGACCUUGACUGCAACACAAAUAUUAGUGUUUCUAUCUUUUAACCAAGUCUACAAAUCACCAUUAUUCCCUGUGUUUGUGGCAAUCUCUACUGGGAGAGGUGAGAUCGAUGACUCUGGCAGGCUUGGUGAGGAGUGGUUUGUAGGAGAUCAGGGCAAGGCGCAUGCACUGGUGAAGAUGCUCAUCUGUCAGGCAACUGCAGGGUUGGUUUUUUUAUAAAGGUCAUAGUAGAAAACCCAGAUUCGCAGAGGUACAUUGAUCCGAACAUUAUUAAAAGAUAGAUGGCUGGAUUCUGGCUAUUCUGAAACUGGGCAGCAUAUGGAAUCCAGAAAUCACCAAGUCCCACUUUUCUGAAUGUUGCCUUCAAGACAGCUGAGCUCCGGAGUCUUACAGUUUCAAAUGGAAAGGCACCUUCAUCAGUUGAAUCAAGAAUGUUCUUUGCUUCAGAAGGGCAAGGUCCAUUGGCAGAGACGACAAACAGAGCCUCACCUCUUCCCGCCCCUGCUCCACCCUGGCCCCACUUCUUCCUGUCAGGACCACCUCCUCCUCUGAGCGCAUCGCGUCCUCGCUCCUCCCCCCUUCACCUCCCUCCUAGCCUCCUGCAAGCCACAAAACAGCUGUUUGCUGCGGGCGGGAGGCGCUGGGAUUAUCAGCAGGGGGAAAUUAGUUUUUGUAGUGACCCAUCCACUCCCAGUCUUUAUUCAGGCCUAAUUUGAUGGUGUCCAGUUUGCAAAUUAAUUCCAGUGCUGCCAUUUCUUGUUGGAGUCUGUUACUCACACCUUCUUGUUAAUUGUUUGAAAUGAGCCACCUUGAUUACAUUGGCCUCAUUAGCACUACAAAAGUGAUUUCCACCCCUUCUUGUCAACUGUUGAGAAUAGCCCACUUCCAUCUUAAUUGAAUUGGCUCAUUCACACUGACCUCCCCCCCUUGGUAAGGCAACGCCUAUCUUUUCAUAUGCUGUGUAUUUAUACCUCCCUACUGUAUGUUCCACUCCAUGCAUCUGAUGAAGUGGGUUUUAGCCCACGACAGCUUAUGCCCAAAUAAAUUUAUUAGUCUCUACGGUGCCACAAGGACUC